AAGGGAUUAAAGGAAAUUUGUGAAAUUCCAAGUGCUCGUUCUUUUCAGACUGUAUGCUUGAUCAACCUUUAGCCGAGGCUAUUUGAAGGAGUUUCUAAUAAAAAUACAUGGGUUUCGUCAAAGUAAUCAAGAACAAGGCUUAUUACAAGCGGUUCCAAGUAAAAUAUCGUCGUAGACGAGAGGGCAAAACUGAUUACCGUGCUCGUCAACGAUUGAUUACCCAGGAUAAAAACAAGUAUAAUACUCCUAAAUAUCGUUUGGUAGUGCGAUUUACCAACAAAGAUAUUGUUUGCCAGGUAGCGUAUGCCAGAAUAGAGGGAGAUGUGAUUAUAUGUGCUGCAUAUGCUCAUGAACUUCCUCGCUAUGGCAUCAAGGUGGGGCUGACCAAUUAUGCUGCUGCAUAUUGUACUGGACUAUUGGUGGCAAGGAGGUUGUUGACAAAAUUAAACCUUCAUGAAAUUUAUACUGGAAAUGACCAAGUUGAUGGUGAAGAUUAUAAUGUUGAGGAUGUCGAUGGAUCACCAGGAGCAUUCAGGUGUUUCUUAGAUGUUGGUCUCGCUCGAACCAGCACUGGUGCUCGAUUGUUUGGUGCUUUAAAGGGUGCAUUAGAUGGUGGGUUGGAUAUCCCUCAUAGUGUGAAGCGUUUUCCUGGUUAUGAUGGUGAAACAGAAGAAUACAGCGCUGAGGUUCAUCGCAAUCAUAUCUUUGGCCAGCAUGUUGCUGACUACAUGCGCUUGUUGCAAGAAGAUGAUGAAGAAGCGUACAAACGUCAAUUUUCAAUGUACAUCAAGGAGGGAGUCAGUGCAGAUUCAAUAGAGGAAAUGUACAAGAAAGCUCAUGCUGCAAUCCGGGAUGAUCCUUCUCAUAAACCAUCUGCUGCUGCUCCUGUCAAAGGCAAACCUAAGAGGUAUGGUCGUUCUCGUCUCUCCUUGCAACAACGCAAAGAUCGUGUUGCCCAGAAGAAAAAGGCUUGGUUGAGAAAAAUUCAAGAAGAUUAAUUGUAAUGUGUGAAAAUAAAUGAAAUGAUUGAGA